AUGACGGUGGAAAAAACUUUAAAUCUCAUCACAAUUGAGUUAAGGGAGAGUUUGAGUGAAAUUUGUGAAGACUCCAAAACUUCUGAUUGUUCAGAGGAGACACUUGUCAAACUUUCAUUGGAGGUUCCAGAAAAAAGGAAGAAGUGCAGAAAUAAGAAAAUGGAAGUGUCAAGAAAUCUGUAUGCUGAUGACAAUGACGAUGAUGAUGAAUUAAUUCAAGAAAGAAGGAGCAGAGAACCUGAUAAUCACCAGUUUCCCAGGCAGAAGAGCGAACAAUAUAAUAGUUUACAAGUAGAUUAUUUGUUUCAGUCCCUCAGAUUGCCGGUUGUUGUUUCUGAGAUAGUGUAUUUAAGUGGAUUUAUGAACUUCCCUCUGCUCUAUGCAUUUUCAGUUCUUCCUGUGUUUCAUUUGUUUGUAGCUGACUGUAAGGACUCUGAGGCCACAGAUGUGGACUUUGCAGCCUUGAAGGCAGUGGUGAGGCUUGCUGAACCAUACCUCUGUGACUCUCAAGUGAGCACUUUUACCAUGGAGUGCAUGAAGGAGCUCCUCGAUCUGAAGGAACAUCGGCAUUAUAACAUUCUUGAAGACCAAGUUUCAUCAGGACUUAUUGUUGACUACCGCAAUCUGUUGUCUCAAUGUGAGGAGAGUUACAGGAAAUUUUUAAAUCUGAGAAGCAGUUUGUCAAAUUGUAACUCUGAUUCCCAGCAGGAAAAUAUCUCUGUGGUGGAAGGGUUAAACUUUUAUUCAGAAAUGAAACAGUUGAAACAAAAGCUGAAACUCAUUAAGAAUCCUUUGUUGAGGUAUGUGUUUGGUUAUCAGAAGAAUUCUAAUAUCCAAGCAAAGGGUGUCCAUUCCAGCGGUCAGAAGAUCACUCACGUGGUCUCCUCCACUAUGAUGGCUGGUCUCCUGCGGUCCCUGCUCAUGGACGGGCUUUGCCAGGAGCCCGGUGAGGAAGAGAAGUUCAGGUAAACAGAGUUUCUUUUCCGUAGUGAUCCACUAUCUGCUAUAAAUGCCUGCUUUGAAGGUGACACUGUUAUUGUUUGUCCUGGCCAUUAUGUGGUACAUGGCACUUUCUCCAUUGCUCACUCCAUUGAGUUGGAAGGAUAUGGCCUACCAGAUGACAUUGUGAUAGAAAAGAGGGGCAAAGGGGACACUUUUGUGGACUGCACCGGUGCUGAUAUUAAAAUCUCAGGCAUAAAAUUUGCUCAGCACGAUGCUGUAGAGGGAAUCUUAA